AUGUUUAGAACCAGUCAAAAGAAGUUGUCACCUGCCAUUCUAAAGGGUCUUUGUCGUUUCUCAACUUUCCAAGAAGGAGACUUUUGUAUACUACGUAAUGUGAAAAAUAACAAGAUCUUUUUCACGGGUCCACUUUGCUCUAAUGGACAAAGAGGAGUUGCAGACGGAAGUAUAAGCCAUGAAAGUAUUAUUGGUAAAAAGCCAAGAUCACGUAUAGUCGUAGACAAAGGUUCUACAGUGUACAUGGCACAUUUUCCAACUUUACAAGAAUACGUCUUGAACGUGCCUCGUAAAUGCACACCCAUUUACCCCAAAGAUGCUAGCACUAUUGUACACAUGCUAGAUGUUCAACCGGGUGAUAAGGUUCUAGAGGCAGGUACAGGUAACGGAUCACUUACGCUAUAUCUGGCCAAAGCCGUCUCUCAUGAAGGAAAGGUGGACACAUUUGACGUACGUCAAGAACACUCAAAGAAUGCUCAGACACAUGUUCAAAGAUAUUCUCGUGGAAAAUAUGCUUCAGUGGUUUCCUUUCAUGUUGGUUCUCUGGGAGAUAAACUACAGGAAAUGAUGGAGCCUAAAGAAGAGUAUGAUGCGAUUGUACUUGAUAUGCCACAGCCAAGUGAUGAAAUCCCCAAGAUAUUACCCUAUCUUAAAAAUGAUCGCUUUAUUGUUUGUUAUUUACCCAACAUGACCCAAGUACUAUCCUUGGUUGAAUUCAUACGGGAUAUGCCGCUCGUCUUAGAGGACUGCUUAGAAGUUGCUUGGAAAGAAUGGGAAGUGAAGGCAACUUAUAUAAGAAGCUUAUUGAAUGAAGCCAAUGAAAAACAAAAUGAUGAACCUGUCAAGCCUCACACUUGGAUAUGUCGACCCAAGAACUGGGAUGUGAAGGGUCAUACAGCAUUUCUUGUAAAACUAAGAAAAGCUGCUCCUGUGCAGGAUAGCAUUGUUUCAUAA